CUCACUCCAGCUGAUCGGCCCAGGAUUCCCCGGUGGCUCUGCCUGUCGUUGGCUUCGGCGACUCCAAUGUUUCACCGUCGAUUUAAACUGUUAUAAUCUAACGGAGGCAGUGGCCGCUCGUGUCGGCAAAUCGUUCCCCGUCUAGUGAACAUAUCUGAAGGACAAUCUGGCCGGGGUAUUGCCUCUGUACGUGUCAAAGACAGGGGGAUCUGAACGCAAAGGCCCUCACUCCAUCCUCGGAUUCACCUGCUACGCGGAGAGCCUCACGCGGAAGACUGAUAUGGGGGACACGGGGCGCGAGGGCAGCAAGCCUCCGAGUAACGUUAACGUGAUUCCCCCGCGAUGCCACUGUGGUUUCUGGGGGUCAAGCAAAACUAAGAAUCUCUGCUCAAAAUGCUUUUCAGACAUUCAGAAGAAACAGCCAGACAAUGAUUGUGCCCCAAAGGCCUCCUCAAGCUCCAGUAGCCAAGCAGACGUCUUCUGUAACGAACCAAACAGCAGCAUUAGUCAGACACUGAUGUCGAUGCCGAAAGCAUCAGAGGACCCGUCGCCAGAGGAGACGGGAGCGGCAUCUCUACCCGCUCAGGACGGUAAGACAGCAGAAGCAUCGAGCACAGACACAGUCUUCAGUUCACUCUCCACUCCAACAAAACGCUCCUUUGAGUCAGCCUCAGAGUCAGAAAGCGAUGUUUCACCCGAGAAGCGAGCAAGAGUGGGGGACGUGCCAGAGGGUGAGGAGUCUUCAUCGUCAUCUAUGUCUGCAUCAUCAUCAACCUCGUCUCGCAGUGGCUCCAAACAGCGGAGCCGCAAACGUUGCCAUCGCUGCCAAACCAAACUGGAGCUGGUUCAGCAAGAGCUGGGUUCCUGUCGCUGUGGCUAUGUCUUCUGUAUGCUCCACCGGCUCCCGGAGCAGCACGAGUGUCUGUUCGACCACCUGGGCCGGGGGCGCCAGGAGGCGGUCCUGAAGAUGGUGAAGCUCGACCGCAAGGUGGGCCGCUCCUGCCAGCGCAUCGGAGAGGAGUGCUCCUGAUCUGCUCCCUCGGAAGAGUCUCCGUGGUCGGACGGUGUCUUAGCACCAACAGGGAUCUGAUUUUAAAGUUUAGUUUUCUUCUCAUUUUGUUUAUCAACAUUUUUGCAGGUUUUUUUGGAUACAAACCUCCACACUUUUCUUUUAAUUUAUGCUCGCUCUUUUUAAUUGCUCCUGUUACCCACACUCGUUUCUGUUCUGCUUGAUCAUAUCCCUGCUGCUAAGAUGCCUUUUGGAAAAUCCAAACCCAGGAAUGACAGAACAAUACAGAGCAACAGGAAAUAUACAAUUUCUUCACUUUUUUGCAACUCCUGACAACUCAAGUGUGAGCAGAGUAAGAAGGAAGAAAAGGAUGAUGAGAAGAUAAUGAAAUGCUUUAUACAGGUGUUUGUCCCAGAAGCCAGUUUCUAUACUAUAUAACUAUACUCUUUACCUCAAAAAAUGAAAACAAAACAACAAAGAAUGAAAAGAAGGCGGGAAAAAGGAUUGUUACCAUUUGUGUACACUUCUGCUAUGGCGCUGUGCUCUUUACCUCAAAAUCAGACAGAGCUGCUUUGUACUCCAAGCAUGGACUUUGUGAAGCAAACCGAGCAAGCCAGACUCGGUUUAAGUCAGUGUCUUACCCCCUGGCCGUCCACUACCCAUAAUCCUUUAGAAAGACCUGUUAAUCAUCCACCUCAGGUUAUCAGGAUAUUAAACCCUCCCCUCACUGACUUGCAUCCCUCUCUCUUCCCCUACAGACACCUUUUUACUCCUUUUGUUUGGUUUAAGAUUACUCUGGAAACGUUUCUUCUCUGUGGACGAUGAAACCGCGUCGGUAACUCCAAUAUUCAGGACUUGCAUUAUGAGAUGGACUCAAACACAUUAUGGUGGUGGGAGUGAGCUGGUUGUCCUGAGAUCGCACACAGAUCUGUGUUCAAUGCUCGGAUGUGAUUUAUCGAGGCUUAAUUUGUCGCAGAUUUCCUCUGUCUUCCUCUUUUUGUCUCAGUCUUUCUCUCUUUCCUCCCUCUUACAUAAGGACAUGUCUUCUGUUUUCAGCAACAUGAGGUUUACACGUGCUGGUGUGUACAAACAAACAGGAAGACCACAUUUACAGGGCAUGUCUUAUAUUAAAGUGAUUCGUGACUGGACCUGAAAUGUCUGCAUUGUACACUUCCACACAUCUUAGAGUUUUCCAAAUACACACACACUCGCACACCUUUUAUGUUUUUUGUUCUCAGCGGUUCACAUUGAGGGCAAGAUCACACAUUGCUGUACACUUUGAGUUUGGGCUGAAGCUGAGCUGGCAGAGCGUCACUCAGAGGUUCCUGUUUUAAGAUGGGUGAUGGUUAUGUAGUUCAGGUUUCUAAUAUUGUCUUCAAUUAUCCACAUUUUGAAGGGGAUUUGAUACAAGACUGUUCUUGGGUUUUCAGUACUUCAAUGCCCCAUGUUUUCAUUUCCAGCCAGCAUGAUGAGCUCACAUGCGUUCUCCUUCUCCUGCCUUUCACUUUCCUUUCUCAUCUCGCCCCUUAUUGAUUGCUCUAUUUCUCCUUAUUUCAGCCGCUCUGUCUCCCCUCCUCCCUCUCUCUUGCUAUAGAGAGGGAGGAGGAGGAUAGGGCGAGCAGAGUACUGAAAGUUCAAAUCAGCAAAUAAUUACUUUCCAAAUGUUUUCCUGGUGGACUAUGGAAGGGAUGAAGAGAAAAUGCAUAAUGAAUGAAUUUUCUGUAUCUUUAAAGAAAACCUUAUUUAACUCCUUUUUGCUUUUCACUUUUAAGUGUAGAGCUGCUUUCUUUUUUUUGGUUGUAAUGUGGUUAUAAAAUGGGAAGAUGAACGUGGAAGAAUUCUAUAUUUUUGUUUCCAUUGCUUUACUUAAUGCUUACCCUUUCCAACAGUUUCUUUUACUGAGAAAGAAUAAACUGGAUUAGACAAAGUGUGAA